AUGAAGUUCAAACGUUUAAAAUCCUUUUUCUCUCGACCCCUAUGCUUUGGUAGACGACGCAAGAAAGAAGAGAUUGAGGUAAGUCGAAACUUUUCCAUUUAUUGUGUUUUUUACCCGCAUUCACCUGACUUUUGAAAGCUAGCUGUUCUUUUUCCUUCGUACGGAGCGAUCGUGUUAUAGCGUUCGCUAUUGAAACGAAAUUGAACAAUUUCACAUAAUCCACUCUGAUACAGUCUAAAGGUUUGAAAUGGUAACGAUGAACAUAAGAUUAUCUACACCACUCUAUUUAAACGGUCAUCGAUUAAGGGUAUCAACAAUAUUUCUUCCAUCCUUACCGUGGCUAGCACUCCGUGUACCGUAUGUCUUUUAGUAAUAAUCUGUUGGUUGUUAAUUGACGAACCCAAGCAGAUUUCAAUUCAAUUAUCAGGCGCUCAGGUCUUGCUAUAUUUCAUUCGCUCCGGGCUUUAAAUUUUUCUUACAUGACAAUUCUACAUGACAAUCUCGCUCGCGUAUUUAACACUGAUGAUAUUUCAAUAUUUUUAGUUUUCUAAAAUGUUAUGAACGGUCCGUGUUUCAAAUCCGAUAGAUAAAUCAAGACUUUAUUUUCAAUUAAAAAGAUGCAUUAAUCGUUGGAUAUUUGUGAAUAUCAAAUUGAGAGUUGCUUAGCGUUUAGUCGCAUCUCUUGUGUUUGAUACGCCUUUCCCACGGGUCGUUUAGCCAAUAACACUGACAGCAACAACUAAAUGCCGCAAAUAUGGAAAACGAAAGCAACAACAGCUGGUUUAAAAUCUGUUUUCCAUAUACCACACCGAACGUUAAUUUCUACAAAGGUGCAAGCAGUGUGGCGCUUUCUGUUCGGGGAUGGUCGAAACGCGCUUAAAUCUCGCAUCACACGAAAUACAUAAAACUAGUUGUGCCAUUGAACGCAAGUAAUUGAAUUAUUUGCCGAAGUUGCUACCUUUGUACUGCUGUGACGGCACUGUGGUAAAAUCCCGUAACACUAUUUCGUUUGUGUAAUUUUGCCUUUGUUAUAGAUGUACUUUCCGCUCAGAGUGCAAAUGCGCGGCAUGGUCCUUCGAUGUAGUUGUCUUCUAUAACAAUUCUAUUUUAAAAUCUCAGUUGUGUUCUCCUCAUUUUGGUGCGAGAAGUUUCCUCAACUUGCUAUAACGGAGAAAAUUAGGAAAGUAUUCCGCCAAGUUAGUUACUGUAACUUCAAAUGAAAACAUCGCUCAUCCAACUUGAAAACUUGAGGAAAAAAAAUUGUAAUGCGAACAGAAAACAUAUCUUUCGUCUUCUUUUUUUCUCUAGACGGCUAUCAUUCCAUUUCCUCAUCAACGAAUAAAUAUUAUUCAUCGCAAACUCUCAACAAGAAAGCAAUAAACGGGAAAAGACUUGUUUUAAACCAACCAGAUUGCACACAAUUGUUUCUACCAAAGGAAGUUUUCCAGCCUCCAAAGUUUAAUUUACGUAUAUCUCCAAACAAUGAGAGUUCCUGUUAAAAUUUCAGUAACAUCCUUAACGCAUCUAAUCGAACAUUUAGUGCAGCAUCAGGAGUUUUUAUCGAAGGAAGAUAAUUGUUAGCUAAAUGUUUAUUUCCGCGCGUUUGAAUUAAUUCUGUUGGUGCCGAAAUCCGAUGAAAGGCAGUACUCGUUUUGAUGUUAUACUAUAUUCAGCUAAUUGAUGUGUCUAUUUUUGAAAACAUGGUAAAACCGCAUACCCAUCAGCAAGAAAGAGGGUAACAUUUUGUCAUGCUUUUAUCUAACGAUUUAUGAAAGGAAUACAUACAAAAAAUAAUCAAUUGAGGGAAUCGCAUCGCCAAACUGCCAAAAAUCGGUUUGCUAUCUAAGAGGACCUAGGCUCUAACUCUUUCAAACAAGGUAACCAGGCUUUGAAGACAACUGAUCAAUAUGCUUGUGGUACGCAGCCACUACAUUCACGAAUAGACUUCUCCCCCUUUCCAAGCCUCGCUUUCAUGGUGCAGACUGAUAAAUUUUAAUAAGAAAGUACUUCCAUAAAAACUGAAAUAAAAAAAAAACGCAAAUGAAAUCAAUAAGAAGGUGGCAAAGAUUUAUAUUUGACGUCAUCUUACAUAAGAGCUAUUGUCGUAUUCGUUUGCUUAUUUAUUUACCCAUUAUGUUUCCCGGAUGCAUUUCGAGGAAUUAUCAAUUCACUCCCUUAUUCUGUAACUAAUACCAUUCUUAUUAUUACUAUCAUCAUCAGUCUAUAUCACAAGUUACAAGUUACUAUUUGCAAUUUCAUUUUCAAUUUAGUUUUACGUAGAGGAAAUUUGCCUGAACGUGUGUGCAUUUUGUGAUUCAUGGGCAUGGGCACUGUUUUGAAAAUGUUCUUAACUGCACGAGCCGUUACGAGUGCAAAUCGCAAACCCCUCAGAACCUGAUGGGUGAUCAUAAAUUACACAUUCACGAGCAGUUCAUGCGAUUUUCUGUUCACAAAAUUUUCAGAUAAAUCACUUUUGUACAUUCUCUGUCACAUUGCUUGAAACACUGAUUGCAUGUGCGUUAUAAAAUAACUGAUAUCACGAGCUCCCCGAUUGGUCAAAAACCUAUCGCUCGUUGCACUGUAUUUUCCAUUGAGUGAUUAAUUCCGUUUUGGUUUUCCACACUCAAUUGAAAACCGAUCUACCGCUUAUGGCUAUCCCAUGUUUGCUUGUCGAUAGUUCUGUCGCUUUUGUUUGCCAGUUGCAAUUUUCAAAACACUGUUCGUCUAUAACAAAAGCACUAUUCGGAAAAAUAAUUAAUUUUUUUAUUCCACGACUACUAGUUUUGAUCUGUUACAAUCAGUAAAAACACGAUACCCGUAAUCAAAUAAACUAUCUGUUCCAAAAUUUUCGAAUUUUCCUUUUCCCUCCAUUUUUUCUAUAUAGGUUCCUGAGAUUGUUUUACCUUAGUUGUAUUUCUUUGAAGCUCUUUGCGAAAAGUUGGUGCGCUUCGGCCAAAAUUGAUCCCCUUAGACAUCUCCUACGUUUAACUGCUGAGCGCUUAUUGGCGCCCGUCCCUCUCCUAGUUUUCUUCUGCUCUUUCGCCCCAUGCCCUCGCGCAACUCCCUCAUGGCUCACACUUCAAUUUUUCCGGAUUAAAGGUAACAAAAGCGACUUGUGCUCAGGUUCUCUGGGUGAUGGCUCAGGGAUCGGACUUUACCGCUAAACGAUUAUUAAACAGGCCUUAAAAUAGAGGCACUCUAUAUAGCUAUAUCUGAAUCAAUAAGCUAUUAUGACGUGUUACUUUAAUUACAUUAAAAGCGCACGUGUUGUAUGUUUUUAGUAUCCUGCUGAUUCCGUUAUCCAAAACCUUAUGACAAGAUAGAUAGUAUUGAAUUCGGAUCUACGCACGCUGGGCAAGUUACAGGUCACCCCGCGAUGACGAUCAACAGACCUUGCUGCACGCAAAGUACAGAACAGCACUCAUCCGUAAAAAUGCAAUCAUCACAGAUAAUACUUUUAAAUCUGAUUGAUUUAAGACAAAAAUAAAUAUUGAUCUGUUGAAAUACUAAGCCUUUCUUAGCAGCAAUUUAAUUCUUUUCGAAUUUCUUCACGAAACGCACAUGAACUUCAUAUCUUCAGGAAUUACGUGGUAUGCUAUCCGGUGGCCAAUUCCAUACGGAAGAGCUAAUGUGACGUCAUGAAUAACAUCAUGUUUAUGAUGUUCAAAACAAAACAAGGAAGUCGCUAUUAUGUCAUGCGCAUGUCCACAAAUGUUUGCCUUUCGAGUAGAAAAUUCUGAAAGGAAGUGUGACCGUGGUAAAUUUGCUGAUGUAAAACAUGUCUCGCCACUGGUUCAUGCUAUGGUAACUAUGAUCUAAGCAUCGAAUGGCUGUUAUGUAGAACUGGUGAGUCAUUGUCUACUUAAUUAGUGAGAAAGUCAUCCACAUUUACGUUUCUUGAACGAAAAUUUGCAUAACGGUUCGACAAUUUUCCUCAGUUGACAUAUUCGUUACAUUCACGUCCACAACUGAUUCAAGAAACGCAUAACCGCGUUUGGUGCAAGCGCAUGAAAUGCCUAGUUAUUAUUCUUCUUCUUAUGCAGUUCUUAGUACGUUACGGUUCUUCUUUCGCAAUCUUACAUGCAAGUUGAUCGAACGAGAAAGGACAGGAAAUGAAGUAAAUCAACCGAAACGCAUCGAGCUCAAAGUUUAUUAGAUUGAGUUCAUCUUAAAAUGUUAUCCACAUUGGCGUGGAAGACUGCAGUAAUUGAUUAUCUUAACCAAGUUAGGACGAUUCGGUAAAUGCUAAAAUAAUUCGUUGUAAACGGACAAUUUCACCCAUUUUUGCCAGCAGUCAAAUUUCCGGGGCUGAUGAAAACUGUUAUCACCUGGGUGCACCACAAUCGUCAAUUUUUGAUGAUGGAUGUCACUAUUGAAGGAAAUUCUACAUUUGUUCGGUUUUUCAAAGCACUGCUGCUGAUAUUUAAAAAAUAUGUCUGUCAAUUAUUCCUUAAUCAUCGCAUUCAGUUCAGGCGAUGUGACACACACAUUUUUCCUGUCUGGCAAACAAUGCACCUAAAGAUUUGCCUUCGUGGGUUGAUAGUUUUCAGUUUCUGUCGGUUUGUUUGUAAGUGUAUCUCACUGUCAAUUUAGAUAAGUCGGUAAACUGAUGGUUUUACGAAUUUACAUCAAGCUACGGUUUUUAAAAUUAUCCUAAACUGACCACGUGCUAUCCAAGAAUCAUUAUUUUGUAGAGUUUAGUGAGUGUUUCGUCAUCUCAAUGUCAUUGUCAGUCUUAAGGGUAAUUUGAGUACACUUCUAAUAUUGUUUGGUCUACGUUUGACCGAGUACUCGUUGCAAUAACACAAAAUGAUAACUAUCUAGUACAUCGCGAGGGUUAAAGUAGGAGUCUUGUAGCAAAGAGCAGUGACAGUUCUAUUCAGGUUUUGUACGUUUAUUCCAACAGCAUUAUACACUUUCGUGAUAUUUGCUUAAUGAGUUUCUUUUUCGAGAACGUCUGAAAUCAUGUGGUGGGGCCAAUAUCGUUUCUGGCUCGCUGAUCUUGAAAGGAAGCUGUCGCAGACGACAAACCAGAAAUGCGAGCCUUCCAGUAUCUGUGGUAAAUAAGUACACAGAUUGCUGAUGUAGCCCAAGAGGUUUACAUUCUAAAACAAAUGCAACCGGCUGAGAGAGCACAUUGAUUUAUGUCACUUUCGAGUCUUUUUAAAUGGAACAGAAACUCAAUAAUACCCAUGUUCCUGCUUCUUUUAAUUUUGGCGUGCAGUCGGGAUGAAUAAAUUUUCGUAUCCGCCCUACCACGAGACUUGACCUAGGUGGUCAUUUAAGUGCGUAAUUCCUUUUCAUUAAAAUUACAAAUUAAGUUUACAUCCAACCUACCGCUCCAAUUCCUUCACCUCUUUUUUUAAAAUUAUCUUUCCCAAUAUUUCCUCGUUGUUCUUAUUGUUCUUAAAAUUACCGUCAAAAGACGACCUCAGCACUGAUCGAUCAUCUCUAACGAGAUCCUCUGUAAAAUGACUAAUAAACUGCAAUCUUGCAUGCUCGGAUAGAUUUCGGCGGGGCAGCAUUUAGGGCACAGAUUGGAAUUUAAAACAACAGUCUCUUCACCAUAAAAAAGAUCGGAAGAGGUCAAGAAACAUUGGAGUGGGGUCAAAACAAUACGUGAGUUCUUGCCUAAAUAAUAACUCCCACUGCAAGGCGUGAUCGGAAUUGUCUCGUUUUAAAUCAUUCAACAAAACUUAAAUAGUGCCUAAAACAAAAUAGCUUUUUGAUUCUUCUGAAACAAAACCUGCUGACAUUACUACAGAAACUCGCGGAACAUUUUUAUGUAAAAUUUAAAAACUGUAAUUAUUUGUCUCAACGGAAGUGGUAGGCAUCCUGUUUAGUUUUAAGGUCUUUCUCUUGUACGGUAAGUGGCUUUGUUUUACAAUAACUUAAGAGAUUUUAGGGAGUCCCUUCUUUAUCCGUUGGGAUAAAGCCAUUGUCUACGAUAAAAAUUGUGGAGCUGCGUCGGUGGGAGAGUAUGACAGGGUAAUUUAAUGUUUAAAACUGAGUUGAAAACGUAAAUUGGCCAACGUAAAGAGUUUAAAAAGUUGACGUUUCGAGCGUUAGUCCUUCGUCAGAGCGAUAGAUAUGAGAGUACAGACCGUGAUGAUUGCGCAAUGCCACUCGUUUCAGUCAAUUGAUGAAGUCAAUUCAUAUUUGAACUAAUUACGCAUUUUUGUGUCGUAAAGUAUAGCUUGGUCACUAGCCCUUAGCUGACAUGCCAAUGAAAGCCAUUUGACGUUGCGGUUAAAUUGCUCAAGCUUGCUACCAAAAAGUGCAUAGGUAUAUAACUUAGUUUUCAAUUUCGUCGCGGUAGCAAUCAAUUUUUUUAAGUCCCUUUAAAAUUAUCUUAGCUUUGCUCUGUGUUUGAUUAACAUUCUUCCCGGCGAUUUUUUUUUCCGCCGAAAAAUUUGAGAGUACAGUUUUAUAGGGGACAAAUUCUGACCCAGUUACGAAAGGAAUUCUUACUUGAGAAUAGGAGAAACCGCGUUCUGAGUCCUAAGUGAGGAUUCUUAUACCCGUUAGUACAGAUUUUGUGGUCCGACGCUCUGUGAAACUCGUUAGUGAGCUUAGCCAUGCCGGUACUGGGUUCAUCUACGACCAGCAACCUGCAAAAUGCUCCAAUCACCAAUGUCAAAACCGCUUAGUUGGGAGAUAUAUUAGCGCAGGUUAACUCUCGACGACUGAUGUCGGCGACUUAAGGAUCAAGGCUACUUAACUUUGAAACUAUAACCUGGCCUUUUGAGGGGUCUAAAUUGUCUUUACCACCUUUAACUGCCUCAGUGACCUACGCACUGGCGCCGUGGUUUAUUCCGAAAAAUAUUACGCUCACUUGAAGACUAGGUAUAAAAGUUUUUUCUUUCGCCUCAAUGACACGUUUUCUCACUUUGCACUAAUUGGCGUGGCUAUGUGAGUACACUAACAGCUUUACUUUUUAUUUCUCCGCAAUGCUGAUGAAUAGUGCUGAUAAAAAUGGUUAGGCUUUUAAUUUGUAAACUGAUGUAGUCAUGUCAGCCUCAUCGUGGUAGUUAAUCAAGAAGAAAUACACCUGGACCUUUGAGCAGACGAUCGCUGACUCGCUGAACUAGUUCGGAAGUUUAACUUGCUGAGACCGUUUCUCUGACUGAAAAGGAGAUACAAGCAAAAUGUUUUCGUUCAUGUGGGUCGAGGGCGUCAAGCGAAAAGAGAUUGGAGCGAGAUAAGUUCUGUCCCACCCCUCGACCCUGUCCCUUCUCGUUCCGACGUCACCCGCUCUCCUGCUCUCUCGUUCAAGCGCAAAAAAGAGGCUUCAAACAUGUUUAUCUGAAAAAGUAUUUCUAUCUUAUAAAGAUUAAGUAUUAUCGCUGUUAUACUUUACAUCGUGAGUAAUGCGCCUUUUAAAAUUUGUUAGGAAUCUUUUAAACAAAUUAAGAUGUAUGAAGCAGCAAUGCUUGAUAUUUGAUCUAAUGAAAAAAAAAAAAAAAACGUUAUUGGUUAAAUGAAAGGUUGGACCCCUUUUGUCGCGGUGAGUGCAUGCAUGAAACAACAAGGUUCAUUUAUCGCUACAAAUUAUCAUUUAGAAGUAAACAAAAUUCCGGUGAUGAAUCGCGGCUGAGGGUGGUUGAUCUUCAUAAAACUACUACAAUUUGGUUCCUUGUUUGAACUUGAAGUCUGACAGAUCAGAUGUUGGCUUUCUAUGAAAUAAGGAAAGUUCAACCUUUUAAGUAAUUUAAGUUUGGCAAAACCUAAUGAAAGUGCCCAAAUCUGAUUGGAUCCCAAAGCGCAAUUGACAGGAUUGUAAUCAGACAGCUGGAAAAGAAUUGACGGGUUUCCUUUCGUGAAGAUGAAGUUAAAAGAACCCUGUCGGAACUGCAUUGGAAGAUCAUUUAUAAGAUAGCUUAGGAAUAUCUGUCUGAAGUUGUCGAUAAACUCUGAAAAACAACGAAACAAGAAAUCCCGAAAUAAAAACAAAAACAAAUUUCCAAUGGUUAUUAUCAGAAGUUUUUUGUAACCUAGUAAAGAAUUAAAAAUUAAGGAAGAUGAUUGAAAUAAAUAGCUGAUUUGAUGUCAUAAUGGCAACGAGAGUUUUAGUCUAAGAGCCAUUCUAACAAUUAAGGCUUAAGGGAGAGAUUUAUAAUCCCUUGGUUUUAGUGAGCCACGUGGCUCGUGUCUGACAAGUCAAAUGAUAUUUAAUUGCUUUUUUCACAAGUACUCUUUCAUAUGCAAUAUUUUCAUUCUCUGAUUUUAAUUUGUAAUAUGACGUGGUUAUCAGUUGUUUUCUUGAGCAUAUUGGCUUUUUAAUGGAAGGCUGCGCCCCCUUUGAGCAAAAAACGUGACGCAGGAAUGAACUUUUUAGAGUGCCGUGUAGCAUGAGAAUAUCCCUGAAGUUUCUUUAAGCCGAUUGCUGAUGUUUUGUGUUAGUGGAAAGAAAUUCUUGUUCUUUAAGAUGACCAAAAGUUUCCUCGGAGAACUCAUUUUUGGGAUUCCAGUUCGGAUCACGCAGAAAACAUUUACAGGGAAAGAAAGGUAAAAAUUGGAACUUUUUCUAGCCUUUGAAAUACGAUAAACUCUAGCUGUACCGUAGUUCUCAAAAGAAUUGAAACUUAAACGAAGUCAGACAGAAAGCAUGUAUUUCCCCUGCACACUCCUUUGGUGUUUACGACCUUUUUUUUGUUUUGUUUUGUUUUGUUUUUUUUUUUUUCGUGGUUAAAACUUUUUUUUUCCUUCCUUUCUUUCUUUCUUUCUCGUGGGAAUCUUUUCCUGUAUGGAUUUGAAAUGAACCAUCAAGGACUUAAUGCAAAAUGCGAAAGAAUUGAGACCCGCAAGGUUCUAAUACAACUCAGUAAUUACAACUGCAGAACUAACGGAAAUACAUCUUUGUUUUAGGAAGGCACUAGUACUAUUUGUGAACAAAGAUAACGUGAGUGAGAACGUCGUCUAGACGAGUGAAGGAAUAAAGAAAAGUAAUUGGGUUCAGUUAAAAACUGAAAUUUUGACCAAUGAGAACUGACCCAAAAUAAGUGUCUUCUUCAUUUAUUUCAGCACUUUGCUGAUUCACGUCAGCCUGCUUAAGCAUUACAGAUAGUAGCAAUUACUGUUUUACUGUCUCAAAUAACGUUCUUCCUUUGAAACUCAGCUUCCCUUCCAACCAUAUGACCUAUCGAUCAGGAAUCUUCAUUUCGUCUAACUGAAGCCCUAUUUAAUCACACACCAUGCUUUUGAUGCUUGCCACCUGAUUAUUUCGAUCCUCUUUUGGCCACUUACGUAUUCAUGGUGAAUGCACCAUUAAUCCCCACAUGAUUAGAUUUCUGAAUUAAUCCCUCGUUUUUUUCAAGAUGAUUAGAGAUGCAUUAUGAGCUCGCCUGUAUGUUACCGUAAUCGUUAAUUACUAAGUUACUACCGAUGCCUUAAAAUUGAUAAUUUCUGUCCUAGACUUUUCAGAAAUAGUAACGUUCUAGAUUAUGUGUGGGCAAGAGAUGUUUAAGAGUUGUUUUUAGGAGAGUCAGUCUCAUGUUAUCUUUAAUCUCGAGGGUUUUAGUCUUCAGGUCGAAGAAUGUCUAAUCGAUUAAAUUCCACAAAUAGAAGUUAAUAGCAGAAGUCAUCUUCGAAAAGAUGUCGGUACUAAAUUAAAAGAAUGCGUCGUUUAUUCGCGGACUACAUAUCCCGGCGGUGCAUACCGUUAGCCAGAAAAAGAAAAUCGAUUACAUUUCAGCGAAAUGAUUUCAGCCUCUCCUCCCCCAUUUAUCAGAGCGUAGGUUUGUUCGCAACACCAGGGAAGUGGCCACGGGGGUGGAAAGUCUUGGAGUACCUAGGCGCAAAGGGCCGCAUGAACCUCAUACAUCAGUUCUGUGAAAAAGAUCCUACCAGAAGAAUCUUCACGUCAGAAAUCCCUUUCAAUUUAAUUUUCUGUCCACCAGAUUACGAGCCUGCUGAUACACAAGUUAGUGCAGCGUUGUAGGCCUCUCCACAUAACGCAAGAGGAAAUUUGUAACCGUGACCCCUUCUCCCUCUUUCAAAAAUUCCUAGGUACGCCCCUGGCGUGGCUACAACCACGUUAAACCUUGCUAAUCCUGAAAUUUUGAAUUCCUUUUUCAGUCUUUUCUUUGUCUAAGGUGAAAUCCCACAAGAAGUUAAUAUUGAUGCACGCUUUUAUAAAAGAUAAACAAGAGAUAAAUCAAAGUACCAAGUCAUCAUAACUUUCUAACCUUUGUAUAAGGCAAACCGCGUUUUAAAAAAUAGUUUCUGAUUUUUUUGUUUUCUUAGAAGCAAGUAGAAUUGAUAUCCAACUUGUGUGAGUGGAUUGAAGUGUCAACCCUACGGCCUCAAUUUUCCUUGUAAAAUCGUUACAAAAAGCAUUGUACUAUCUGAAAUGACCCACAGCUUGCCAAGUCGAUAUGUGUUGCUUUGUACAUCUGUUCAUGUCGCUCUGAAAGCCAGUCCUUUUAAAACACGGCCUGUUCCUCUCUCAGUUGUAUUCUUUGUCAGGUUGAUGCCCUGAAUGGUAUCCCAGGCAGCACCGCAGGCUCUUGCCUUGAAGUACAAGCAAUUAAAUUUCUAACACUCACUGCGGUGAAAAAAAUGUAUUUUUCGUGGUUUUUGAAAAACAGGGAAAAUAAGUUACGAAUUGAGUUGCUCUCUGCUCACAAUGUUUAAUCUUAUUUCUUUUAUUUCAAUUCAAAGCUGAGCUAUGGCGAGCUGGAAAAAGACUAAAAUUUUUAACAUAGGGAUCCGCCGAAAACUGACAUCAAAUUACGGAAACUGCAGUUGAAGUCAACUCGAUUCGUAAUGCGUUGUUUGCGAAAAACUUUUGCGCAACAAAUUCGUGUCCAAUCUGAUUUGUUGAACUUUCCCUGUUGGAUCGAUAAUCAAUGACUGAAGCAGGCACAAAACCUGAAUUUGAAUUUUCGACACCCUGUCGUGGGCGUCUUAAGAAAAUCAUAUACCUCGAGGGCAUUUUCCUUUUUCAUUUUCACGAUGUUAGUUUCAGAAUUAACCUCACAGGGGCACAAGUGCGAUAAUUAAAGACACCUCGUUCAGGCGCUUUUGUGUGCCAAAACCAAGCCUUUGCCUUCAGAUCAAGAUAACUGUUUAGUCUAAAAUCUUUGAAUGCUAUUCCAUUGAAGUUAAUUUACUUCCUGGAAUUUUUCUUUGAAACCGUUUUGAUCGUCACGAUUUGUAUCCCCUAGACAGCCCUCGAGCUAGAGCACGAUUAUAAUUUCCCCGUCAGAAGCCACAAAGUUAAUCUAUUUACACAAAGCUUUUGGGUGUUUGUUUGUCGAAGAAACAAAGUUUGCUCUCUACGGUUUAGAAUAUCUUCGAAAUUAAAGAUAUCCUGAAUGUAAGUCCUCGCUGGAAUUGUCGUUCCUUAGAUUUGAAAUUUCACAUUUAGCGUGUAUACUGGGCAAUAUGAGACCAAUGUUUUUUUUCGAGGAGGAUGCCUAAUUAUGAAAGUUUCGGUUUUCAUCUAGAUUUGUUAGUCAAGUAUAUCACUAACCGGUUCGGUGUAAAUGAUCGAACUGAAGUUUAUCAUUUUUCAAGGAUCAAAGUUUAAUGUGUACGGUUUUUAACGCGACUGCAGAUUGAUAAAUCUGUUAUCACUUUGUAACCGGAACAUGAAGCUGAAUCGUGCAUUCUCUCAAGUAACGUUGCAUGACAUCAACCCUGCUUUUGCUGAUCGCAACAACAAUAGUUUUCAUAUUUUGAUCGCAAAUGCAAAGAAAAUAACUUGGGUGGGAAACUGCUUUAUGUAUUGAAGAUAUUCAACUGUAAGCGUAUUAGUUCAUAGGAAAAAAACUCUAAAGGUGACAUCUGUUCUCCAAGGAACUUAUAUGCAAAUUAUAAAGGAUAGAAAGGCAUUUUAAUGUGAGCUGCUUCUUGGCAGCUGUUUGUACUCCUGGUCAAAGCCUUCACUCGCUUUACUAUGAUUUCGAUAUUAUUGGUUUAGAACUGUUCUAUUUCUUGUUUGGAAACACGCCGCGUAUGCUGCAAAUAAAGACUUGCGAUUUCAUUGAAAACUGUCAGUUUCAUUUAUCGUUAUUUGUGCAAAGAAAGAUUGAAACGUUGCCGUGUGAAGAGAAAUACGAAACGUUUUUUACGAUUUCAAUAGAUCCAUAUUUAUUAUUCUUUUUUCGUGGCUUUUCUCGUUUGGUACUCGACUUUUCCCUAUUCUAUUAUGCUCGUAACAAGAAAAGAAAGGAUAAAAAGCGGUUGAAUUAAAGUACUGAUACAUCCGAGAUUACUUUAAGUCCUUUCUCCGUAAACUGUUGAAUGUUUUCAUCGCAACAUUUUCCCUCAACUCAUCUCGUUUCAACGAUUUUCAAGAAUCGCAGAAUAAGUGAGUAACACACAUAUACAUUGCUCCUGUUUGGGUCAUUCGUGGCAAGACAAAAGCAAUUUAAAUUCAUUUUUAUUGCUAUGAAAAGCCCUCGCAGCUCGUCUGCCAAAUUCGUAUGAUCCAUCUUUGUCUUUCAAUUGUCAAAGGAAACAAAAUAUUCAAAUGAGUUUAUUUCUAUGCGAUCACACUUUUUCCUUUUCCCUCUCGAUGUUCAGGCAAUUUCAGAAUAGCUUUUGCACUACUCGCUUGUUUGCUGAAAUUCCUGCAAAAUUACAGAAAAGCUUUUCAGCUUACUUAUGAUCUGGUUUUAACGAGACUUUCAGUCCAAGCUGGUUAGAAGAGUUUAGCUUAGAGAUAAUAAGUCGCCUCAACUGGAAAUUUCUUAUUCGACGUCAAUCAUUCGUUGCAUGUGACGUCAUUCGGGCUAAAAGGCCAGUUUCUUCGACUGCUUGCAAAUUGGACUAGAUAUGUUUACACUCGAUCUAUGGAGUAACAACUGUUCCUUUAGGUGAAAUAUUUUGGUGUUUUUAUAUCUUCCAGUCUGUGAGUUUACUGUCGGACGCCUUGGCAAUCCACACGGCCAUGGCUGUGGCGAUAGCGAAUGGAGGACAACAGCGACCGCAACGUCCUCAAAGAUGUAGUACGGGAGCAGGACCAAAAUUCAAACUGAUCCACGAAGGAGACAUUCAAGUUUGUCGCCUAAACCAUAGCCGAACUUUAAUCAGCAAAGUGUUAAGUUCCAAAUUUCUAAGAAGAUGGGAAGCACAUCAUGUUUAUUUGGGAGACUUCCAAAUGUAUUCUGCCACGGUGAGUGAAAUAUAGCGGUAGGAGUUAAAAAGUUUUUUGCGAAUGAAAUAUUUAAUCCUAGGCAGCGACUUGCGCGGUUGUCUAAUCACUUGUCCGCCAUUUUCUUAUCUCAAUAUCGUUUCGAACGGUCCGAAGUGAUCAUCAAAUGGUUUGCUAUGCUAAGGAUUAUCGCAGAAGCGCUAGCAAAUUGAACAAGAAUGCUAGAUAUUGAAAUAUUUCGAUUCGCCUAUAAGGUUACCGAGCAGGCGAACGCGAGCUUGAACUAAGCCGAAAGAGCUGUCGCUUUGUCUCAAAAGAAAGCGAAGCGGCUUUAGUAGUACUGUCGUCGUAUUAACGUGGUGAUUUUUAUGGUAAAUUGUACAAGGAUUUGAAGAACAAGGAAAUAGAGCUGCUUCUUCGUGAUGUUGACUUUUUCCGUUCAGCUCUCCGAUUGUCGUCUUGAUUUGCCUUGCGAAAUACAGAACAGUUGUACUUCAUCCCAAUGAAUCAGAGAACAUAUUAAUUUCUUUUUUUCCCUUCGUUUGGAAAGAUUUUAGAUGGCCAUUGAGGGUCACUUCUCGAUCUACAUCAUCACAAAGAUAGAUUUCGAGUUAAUUUCGCUUUGCCUUGAGAAGCAGAUAUAACUUGUUCAUAGGAUCUGUGACCUCACCAAUACACAGAUGUCUGUGGCUACAAUGUGCUUCAAGUGGGCACCAUGGCAUUUUCAUUUUAUGAGUCUAGAUCUUUGUUGUUAAGUAUUAUGUCAUGGGAAUCAUUGUUUCCGAACACAGUGUACCUUAGGUGUACAUUUUGUCCGCGCAAAAACAAUCCUAAUUUAUCAGUAAGGGCUUUAUGGAUUCCUGUGUUUCUUGAAGGCAAAAGUUUGUUUGGGUUAAUCCAUUUCCUUUCAAAUGAGACUCAGUGCACACUAUGUUGUUUCAUUUGGUUCUAAACUAAUGUUUUGCGAAUUUUAAGUCGUAAAUUUUUCUGUGGAGUGAACGCUGAUGUCUUGAAACUGGACAAAUAGGUUCUAUGAUUGCAAGAUGAAGUUAAUGGCAUUUCAUUGACAUGAAAGGGAAAGAUUAUUGCAUGUUGCAGGUUAAAGAAAUCUUCAGUAAAAUACCUUUUCACAAUGGGAGAAUUACUUUGGUUUUCAAUUUCAAAAACAUACACAAAUACAAUGGAUUUGAUAAACAAAUUAUAUUUAUUUUUUCUAGUAGUAAUUUUAUAACCCUCUUCCACACAGCUUAUAGAAAUCCAUAGACCAGAGACAAGGAAAGUGAACUUUUUAGUCAAACUAGAAACAAUAAAUUUUGAGUCACUGUGCUUGAUGUGACUCGGGUUCUUUUGUCAAUUACAUGUCACCAUUAUUUUUGACUCAAAUUUGUUAGAGGUUUUGCUUUAAGUAGCUUCCUCAUCAUUUUUAGUCUUCUAAUCUAGAAUUUAUUGGUUAUUCUUGCAGCGUUAAUUAUUCUUGGGCUUGUCUUUGUCUGGUGUAGUGUUUUUUUGUAUGAAUAAAACCAGGAUGUGCUGGCACCUGUCUCAGGUUUUGUUUUAAAACAAGUUUUUCACCAUUCAGUUUUCUUCAGAUUUUAGCUUUAGAUUUACUUGGGCAACCUUGAGCUUUAAAAAAUUUGUGUACUUUCGUGAUAAUCUAAAACUUGCUCAGUUGAUCUAAAUUUUCAAUGGUGCCUUUGUUACCUCAUUUCUUGGUCCACUGAUUCUUUUUGAAUUGGGACUUAAUGUCAUAAAUUAUCAUAGUUACUUAUUAACAUAUUCUUGGGCUUAGUUGAUUACUUUCUUUGUGCAGGCUCACAUUCAGAUUGCAUUGUACUGUACUUCACCUACAAAGCUGAGAUGUAGAACACCUUAUUAUCCUUAAAAAUUUUGAGAGUUUGUAGACUCCUUAGUAUCUUACACUUGAUAGCAAAUUAAGUUUGUAGUGUUUCUCUGUCAAACAACUUUAACAAGAAAGUAGUUAAGUCUGUUUUUCUGAAAUUUAUUGGAGUAGGCUAGAAGACCAUUUAUGCUUAUAAUGUGACCACCAGGGUUGAUAUAGUGUCUGCAUGAAUUGUAUUGACUCACAGUUGUAUGCCUAGGAAAAUUUGGACCAAUUUGAUAAAUGUUUUCAACAUGGAAGUUAAGAAAUUUAUAUGAUCAAGUUGUGAAUGUCCUUCCAAAAUUUUAAUUCUAUACACUUUCAGUUGGAAUUUCUUUUGAUCAUGGACUAAAAAUGUAAAAAAUUUUCAAGCUACGUGUAUGUUGGGCAUAUUGGAGAAGUGUUUUUGAUAUCGUCAUUUUUGUGGUCUGUAUCAAAAGCUUGUCAAGUCUUGUUUCUUUAAGUGUAGCAUAGCAACCAUAACAAGCAGCCAUUGAUAUUAGAUAUAUUAGUGAAGAAAAUCACUGCUCAUUAAACACUGAUGGCAAAUGAUGUUGCUUGUCAUUUAUCUUAAGUGCAUCUAUAGAAUGCUUAAAUGUCUCUGAUUUUUAUCAAAGAUUAUUAAAAUGUAUGUUAUCGUGUAGAAGUAUGUUGUUCAACAUAUAGCUACAGAAAAGAUUCUGUAUUCAAAUAUAGAUGGACUCACAGGGUGUCCAGGUUUCCUUUUCAGGCAGUAAUCUGCAGAAUUUACAACUGUAAUACUGUACCACUUAAUACUAGCUUAAAUUGCUUGGAAUGCUUGAAAAUUCACCAGCUAAAAAGACUGAUCUGCUAAUUGAAAAUUUUUAUCUACCUGCCAUACUUAUAAAAGGGACAACACUGAGGGUGUUGCCAACAAUGUAUAUUGUGUUCCAUGAAUCAGUGUGCUCCGGCACUGUGGAAAUUAAUGUCUACAGUUAAGAAUUUUAUGAUGGAUAAAGUUAUUUGUGUUACUGAAACCAUAUCUCAAACAUAUUGGUCCAAAACCUAGUUUUAGUAUAUAUUGUCAGGUCAACUUUCUUAAAGGUUGCCCUUUGCCAGCCUUAACUUGAGAAAUGGUUGCAAGAAGUGAAAUUUUAGACACCAGGGCAGGGUUUUUCAAAGCUGGGUUAAGAUAACCCAGGGUUAGUGUGAAAUCUGAUUUCAGAUUUAAACAAGGAAAAUUCAGUAUAUAUUUAUUUCUGUCUAGAGUUUGAUUAUUGAAUGCUCUUAAAAGAAUAGAGAAAAUGAUCCCAAAAUGGCUUUCAAACAAAUGGAUCAAGAAACUUGAAUUAAAAUCUAACCUUGGGUUAUCAUUAAUCAGCCUUUGAAUAAUUGGGCGUAGUGGAAAAAGGAUUGAAAAAAGGCAUUUUUUGUGGUGUUGCUUGACUCGCUUCACCCCUGACUACAGUAUUUAACUCUGGAAUAAUCAAUGUGUCUAGCAUUUGGCUCUGGAAGUUUUCAUGCAGGGUUGUUACUAAUUGCCAGCUGUCACCAAAAUUCACCAGAUGAAAAAGCAAUAAUUUCCGGCUGGUUUUUCUGUCGGCAAACACUUGGUUAAGCAUAACUGGCAUGUGUGAGAUAAUACACAUUUACAAUUGUCCACCAUUUUGAAGCUGCUUCACUCGAAAUUUCUUAGCUACAACCCAUUAUAUGAAAUCAAGGCUUAAUACUUGGGCAACAAAGGUAAAAUAGAAAUUCUUUUUAGAAGGAAACAAAGGAGCAUGGGUAAUGUUUUAUGAAAAUGUUCCUCUUAUCACUGACCAGUAAGUUUUAGAAACAGGUCAAUGCAUUGCCACUUGGCUGCCUCCAAUGGCAAAAGUGGCCACUCAUACCACUAAUUCAGUUAUUAAUUAAAAUAUUAUCGUAGGUACCAUGGCAAGCAUCAAUUUAUUGUUCUUAUAUUGUUCAAUAAAUGCAAAGUAUCAUCAUUACUCUGAUAUCAACGUGACCCCAAAAAUAACAUUUAUAUUAAUUUCCUCUCAAUUAUGUGGAUCCUUUGGUACACCUACUGUACUAGGUAUGUGAGGUAAAUUCUGCUUUUUUUGCUCAAGAAAUGGAUAUUAGACCUUGAAACUAUUAUAUUGAACAAUGCUACAUUUGAAUAACGUAGAAUUAUUAUUACUGUUAUGAUAAUUCUUGCAAAAUUAUUAUUAUCAAUAUUAUUACUUUUUUUAUUUUUAUUAUAUCAGAUAAUGCCAUGUAGUUUUCAUGGAAAUAUAAAAAAAUACAUGUACCUUAAUAAAAUUUUGUUGUUUUGGAAAGACUUGUGUCUGCAUCACCAGAAUGUCUUUUUUUUUUUGUGGAGCUUAAGACACUCUGGUGCCAGAAAGUUUUGAUGAUGAAAGCUUUACUGAUCAAUUAUAUAGGUGGCUGCAUUGGCAGUUUUUACCAGUGAUGCUGGAGAAAUAUCCCAGCAGGUAGCAACAUGAAUUAAGUAAGCUGCUGCAAUUUUGAUUUGUAUUUUUCUUUAUUUUGUAUUCAUUGUUAUAACCUGAAAUAAAGAAAAGUAAUAAAAGUCAAAUUGGUUUAAAGGGUUUUUUUAUCCCAGGAGAAAUUUGUCAAAUGUGUCAAAUAGUUUUUUUUAUUCAUGGAGAAAGUUGAACCACCAGUUAAAAAAACGUAUUUAUUGAUACUGCAUGAGUGUUCAUUAACUGAGUAACACUCGUUUGAGUUUUGUAAGCAAAGUGGAGCUUCAAUGCCAUGCAUCAAACUAGUGUUGAGUACUGAUAAUGUGAUUGUUAAAAUUGGGUAAAGUACAGAGGAUAUAAAAAGCAAAUGACUGAACUUUCAUUUUGUUUAAGACCCCAGUGAAGGGUUGGUAAAUUUAUUUCAUUCUAUGUGUUUAGAACCUUUCUAUGUGUUGUUUCUCUGGGGUCAUAAGUUUAGAACAAAAAUGUGGCUGUCCUUUCCCACAGAAAGGUGCAAUAAUGCCUUUUCCAUUUUAUUUUUUCUUUAUGAGGUUCUUGUGGAAAAGUUCUAGCAAGUGCUUGCAUGAUGCUUAAAAUUCCAGUUACUAAAAUUCUUACAAUUUUCUCCUAGUGGCUGACUCAUAUUUAAGGAUUUUAGGGAUUUUCAAAGGAUCAGGCUACAAUCAUACAUGACAUUAUGUCAGAAUCAAUUUAUUUCUGUUCCAAGGUUAAACAUUUGACUUAACCAAUGUUGUUUUUGAAAUGCCCAUUUUGCUUUAUUCUGGAGCAAUUAAACUGCAAUGUGGAUACCAAUAUUUUAUUUUGUAAUGAUAUUUAAGCUUAAAUUAAAGGGUGUUUUUGAAGGGUUGAGCUGUUGUCUUUGACAAAAAUAUUAUAAAGAUGGCCCCAGCAUGUUCAGCAUCCAGUGGACAUAUAUUUUUUAACAACAUCAUGGGUUCAAAGUAAUUUGUAGUAAACUGGGUGAUUAAAAGUCUGCUCUACACAAAGGCAGAUAAAAAUUUGCAUAACAAUUCCUUUUUUUUUCUUUGACUCGCUAAUGAGGAGUUGCCAUCUUGUCUGUUAUGGGGCUUUCCUCUCUAGUAUUUUAGUCAAUAAGUAACAUAAAAACAGUUUUGUAAAUUCUGUUUAUGAAUUGCCAAAAAGGAAAUUCACAUUCUAAGGUAAUGUUGUUAUUAAAAAGAAAGAUUUUUGUUUUUCAUCAGACUAAAUUCACUAAUUACAAUUUUUUAUUCAUUAAACUUUUGAAAAUGUUGCAUUUGCAUGUGUAUUUCAACGUUAAGCUCAGUAAAUAUUAUGGAGUGAUCUAAGGAAAAAAUACUUGAAGUAAUGUCAAGGCUGGAUAGUUUUGAAAUCAAAUUUGUUAUCAGUUGUUUUGAGUAUAUAUUUAGUUUAGAGUUGCUUUGGAAACAUGUGAUACAAAACAGAGGGGUGUUUUUCUGGAAAGAAAAUAAUGAAAUUUUGUCUUUCUUGGUCUAACUUCUGGUUUAUGAUGAGAAUUAGGAGUCCUUGUUUGGUACCAGAUGAGAUUUAAUAGAUAAAGAUGUUUUCAUGACAAGAAUGCAAAAUCUGCCUCUUACAUAACAAAUCUACCAUGCUAUUUAUAUUUUGAUAUGUUAGCAGUUAUGCAGAGUGUAAAAAAAUGGUAUUGCGCUCUUUCAGUUCAUGGUACUUGGAAAUCUUCAUAUGCCAAAUGUACCUCAAUUUGUAACCAUUUAGAAAUGAACAUUAAGAGUUGUAUGUGUCAUAGUACAUGAUAACAACUUAAUUCAAAUUUGAGUGAUAAAGAAGACAACAGACCCAUUGGGGACACCAAUUUUGCAUCCUUACAGGCAGGUGACAUGAUUAUAGAGUUUUGUCACUAUGAAUCCAAAUCAUAACAAUAAGAUGACAAGUGAAGUGAAUGGAACAACCUUACUUUCCAACUGGUUGAAACUGACAAAUCAUAACUUUCUUGCACUUCUUAACAGCCUGUUAAAUGUCACUGCAUGACUGAUCAAUCUGUUUCACUAGACAGACUGGUAUUUUACGACUGACAAAAAAACUCAUUACUUGACUGUGAUGAUGACUUUCACUGAGGUUAUCAAUUGCCACUACAUGUACCAACUACAGUUCUAACUACAGGUCUUUUCAAGAUAGAUAACUGUGCAUGGCUCUGCUACAAACUAAAUGUGCUAGCCAGCCUGAAGUAUUGAAUUAGUAAUGAGGCUCAAAACCCUAACAGAACAAGACUAGUGUUAUGUGUUGUAAACUUCAUGGUAUAUCUUUGCGAAAACAAAAACAAUAGCAAAUUAUUAAAAAACAAACAAACAAAAAAAAGGAAGACAACUUCGACCCUCAGACGACCCUCAGCCUUUUUUCCUAAAAGUGUAUGAUGAGCAGUUCAUCAACUGCAGCUGAGCUUUAUUUCCUGGUACCAAUUGUUCAAAGAACGUACUGUGUGUAUUUGUUUUGCUGAUAGGCCAUCUGAUGGAUGAACUAGCAGUAUAUAUCCAGUAGAUUACAUUUUUUGCAUGGUUGUAGAAAUUGCAUGUUUCAUGGUGUACACGUGUACAGUUUCUUUUACUGAUGUUGUCCAGGGCCAUAGGAAAUACAAAGGAACAGAAAAAUUAUAACAUGUUAAUAAUUUCUUUGUGCACUGAGAUGAUUUUACGGAAAAGAUAACUGCUGCAUGGCACACUUUUUGUUCAAAUUGCACCCACAAGUUUGGAUUUCCAACCUUUUUUAACAUUAGAGAACAUUCAUUAAUGUUUAGGUGGUUUUUCUCCCAGAUGUUUUUUAUGUUGUUUUUUAAACUCUUUUCCUUCUUUAAAACAACUUUUUAGGUGUGAUUUGAAUUUUUUUUUUUAAUGAUGAAAAUGAAUACAUGAGAAAGGAAAUCAAGGAAUAAAACUGGUUUGAAAAUAUCCCAACUGGCUAUGAUUUGGAUUAAACUAUACAAGGGCCACUUGUAAUUCUUACGUUUGAAAUAGGUACAGCAGGGGAUUUGUAGAGCAUUAAGAUCGCCCACAUUGUUUAAUAUGUUUUUUCUCUGUGUGUUUCAGUGUGUGGGGUUCAUGGAAUGUCCUCUGUCUUAUCAAGAAAUACUGGAUGCAUAUACUGUGAACAGAUGGGACACUGGCCAGCAUUUCUGCAUUAGAGUUACAAUUCCAGAUGGCUCUGUAUUACUUAAGGUAAAUUUAAAAAAUGAAUUUUGUUAAAGUUUGGAUUUAAAUAUAGGCAAUGCAUGUUUACUUCAGAAUGCCAAGCUUCAAUCCCAACCCUCACUGUCAAGGUGGGAACUGGUGAAUUUUAACUAAAAAGUAUUCUUAAGGCACCAAAAUAAAAAGAGUACACACACAAAAACAUAAAGAAAGUGGCAAAGAUUCAUGAAAAUAUUACUGCAGGCAAGGCUUGGGGUAAGUUUUCAGUAUUUGACAUCAACUUGCAUAGAAUUAAUAUCUAGGCUUUCCUUAGUUGUGCAGCUCUGCUUGUGAUUUGCAACAGUUAAAACCCAAUUAACCCUCAGAUUUGCCUUAAAGAGAUGACUUGUUUAAAUUUCCCUAUUUUCUUUAGGCACCCAAUGCAUAUCUGAGAGAUCAGUGGCUUCAUUCAUUGAAAUGGAAGGUAAGGAAAUUAUUCUAACAGUAGUUGUAUAAACUUAAUUAGAUUGCCAACAUAUUGAUAAAAUGCUUCAACUUUAAUGCAAAUCACACAUCCAGUUUCUGAGUGGGCAACUCUUUUACUCUCCACCAGUAUCAGUCUACCAGGUUGUACCCAUUGACAAAAAAUAUGGGUUAAAUCAGCCAUAAAUUAAGUUAACUGCUUUAAAAAUCAAUACAAUUGAAAUAUAAUUUAUUUAAAUAACUAAAUUAACUAUUUUGAAUUUAAUGUAAUUUCACUUGUCCAUCAACUUGGAUUUAGUAAGGUCAUCCCUGCUUUCUUUCUGCUUUGUUUGUGGAGCAAGACUAAUCAGUUGGUAAACUACAUGUACAUGAUGUAUUGGCUGGUUGCAGUUUUAAAGUUCCUACAGAGUUCCCUUUUUCCUGUUACCUAAGCAUCUGUCUUGGAAGAGGGAAGAGUACUUAGUUUAACCUCAAGCAAGCAAGUUUUUAUGGGGACUCAGAUAUGCAAAAAUGCAGACACUGUGGUUAUUUGUUGCCCCAAAUUCGCCUGAGCACUAAACCAUGUUGGAGUAACAGUUUAUACUAAGCAUCAUUGCUCUAAAUAUCAUUUUCCAAAUGAAAAAAAAAAAGAUCAUGGAUUUCAGGCACAAACCCAAUACUGAGAACACUGUUCUUUGCAGGUUAACUUGUUAAGAUAUAAAAGACUUAUAUCAAAAUCCAGUGAUCCUGAAGCUUUAACAAAGGAGCUCAGGGUAUGUAUUAUUACCAUUUUGGGCCCUAAACAAUAUUUUAUUGUUCACUGCAUCCACUUGGGCGACAAGAUAUUAAUAUCAGUCACUGACCAAGUUCUAAUAAUCAUGGUAAUUAUUCAUUUUAUUCUACUGAAGUAGAUUUACACCAAGUAAUUUUCAUCUAUGCCCAAGAGUGUAAACAAAACUUCUUAAAAAACCCUGAUUGGCAGGAGGCAGAUCAGUUGAUUGUAUAAAAAGUGUAGUGAAGGAAUUGACCUUGGGACAACCAAGAACAAAUCCAUAAGGAAGUAGGGUCAAUUCCUUACAGAUUACAAUACCAGUGCCCUAUCCACCUAGCUACACUGCCUCCACAACAGUGUGAUAAAUGACAACAGUAUUUUAGGGUCUCUUUCACAUGGCAAUUUCUGUAUCAACUGAUAAAGUGUAUGUGUCAGCUCUCAAAUUACUUUUGAGGGGCUGGGAGGGAGAAUGUUCAAAUUAUUUUCAGAGGGUACAAAUUAAUUGAUCUGCUUGUAUUAACUAAAGCUGUUUUUGUUUUGUUUUGGUUUGGUCUUUUCCAUUUGUGGAGAGCUUAAUCAACUGGCUAUUUAGUCAGUCUGACAAUAAAUCACUGCACUUAUGUUUUCAAAUAAUUGUUUUUCAGAUCCUCUUGCAUAAUUAUGAAAAGGUUUGACUUCUAUUUUAUUAUAGGAACUUGUACUUUUCUCACUAACCACUCCAAUACAAGAUGACGUUAUAUUUACUGUUCCUUUGGAGAUGGUUUCGGAUAUCCUCGCACAUGUAAGAUUCUACUCUGAUAUCUUAAUUUAUUUAACCUGAUGGGAUGUACAUUAGACAACCAUAGAGUGUGAGGGGUUUUGUUUGUCUUGUGUCACACAGAAAGAAUGAAGUGUGAGCAUCAGACAUACAAACAUCUCUCACUCAUCGUCUCUUGCAUGUGAAAAUCAUAAUUAUAACACUAACACAUUUUUCUUGCAGCAUUUCAUCUCAUUUUCUGAUGAGGAACAAGAAAACUUAAUAGUGGUCAGUAAACAGCAUUAGAAUGUUGAAUUUUGAUGAUUAAACAAUAUCUGGGUUAGGCAGAUAUUUAAUGAUGCAUAUCUCCCCUUAGGUGCAUUAUGUACUAUGUAGAUUCAAAAAAAAAUUUAUGUUGAAGAACAUUAGUGGACACUAAAACUUGUGGAACAUACAUUACUCAUGCUCCUAUUGUUAUGGUACACACCAACAGCCCUAUUUGGUAUGUUAAAUUUUACAUUUUGUACAGAAUGCUUUUUUUUUUUUGUUUUUUUUUGUUUUGAUGAAUUUGUCUUUCUGAUUUUCAAGGCACUUGCACCUGUUCUGGAAUAUGUUCAGCCUUCCCCUGAAGUUUGUGCUUUCUUUAGCAAGGUAAAGAUGCGACAAUUACAUGUAGACACUGUAUGCGUGUAUUUUUGUGUAACUUUCAUACAGGAUGAUAAAACCUCAUUGUAAUUGAUCAUUUUGUAAGAUCUCAAACAUAGAAUCCAUCAGUAUGAUAGUCAAAGAACGGGCCAUCAACCAGGUGUUGAAAAGUUUGAAAAAUGAUGUAAAAAGGUUCUCCAACCUUACAUGUUCAGUAGGCAUAAAAAAUGAUGUCACAAAGUUUUAACGAGAGUUCUUUUUUUGUUCUGAAUGUAUCUUUUUGGUGUGUUGCUUGUUGCAGCAUUGCAAGGGCCAACUUUAUAAUAAUGAAGUACUAGAUGUCUUCCUCCCAGCUGUUCACAGAAUUCUUAAACAUAACAUGGUGAGAAUUACAGUGUAUUGUAGUUAAGAACUUCAUUGGCUCUCAGUUGAACAUCUUAUUGGUUUUUAACUUGCUUCUAGUCACUUUUAAGGCUCUAUACAACUUUGCUUUUGCCUUUAUCUUAGGUGAUUAUUAGUUUUCUCAGUUAUAUGCUCUCCUUUUAUCAUAAAGCACUUUAGAACUUCUGUAUACAGCACUAUAUAAAUGACUGUAUUAUCAUUGUUAUUAUUUUUAUUAUUAUAAUUGUCAUUAUUUUCUAAGCUAAGAACUACUUGUGCUGAUGGUAAAUUUAGUCUGAAGUGUUUUUGGUGCCACAAAUUGUGAGACACAAGUAUUAUAUGAACAAUCUGUUGAUAUUCAUUAUCAGAAAUUGUGAUAAAAUUGUAUUCUAAAUGGUUUUCAGUUCCUUAAUGAUGAUUAUUUUCAUGUUAAUAAUGACCAGUCUGUGCUGUGCUUUACUUACUGAUCAUUAUGUAUCAUUUCUUUCAGGAUUUUGGAAAAUAUCCACAUCUCAGAAUGUUUGUACAAGAUUAUAUUUAUACAUUGUUUUGCAAAGAUUAUGCAGAUGUUGUCAGAGAGUUUGUAGAGAGGUAAGGCUAUGCUACUCCAUCUGUUUGUUUUAAGGAUGACUGCUUGUCUCUAACAAAUACUGUAAAUUUGGUUGUUCAGAUCUUUGCACAGAGAGUUUUCUCACACUUCAGGUUUUACUCAAAGCUUGCAAUGGCUUCUUUUGGCAUUUUUCUGUGCUCCUGUUGGCUGUUAUGAUUUCUUUGAUUUUGGUUUGUUUUUUUACUUAACCAUAGUUGCUCUGUAUUAUGAUAAUCCUAAUUUUUCUAAUGAAUUUUCACCAGUGUUCACAGUCCAAGUGCCACCUGUCCACAUCCUCGUGUCCUUCCAAAUCUAGUUGCAGUUGUCCUCUCUGCCGUUUAUUCCACAUUUGAUCAAAGUGACAAGUUGUAAGUUUAGUAAAGUGUAGGUUUUCUUAGUUUUGUAAAUGCAAGUCUGUAGUAUGGCUCAGAAAACUUAUUUUAUCAUCUUAAUGAUAACUUCUUUGCAAUUAUUUAUAAAUAAUUAUUAAUCCACAAUAAGUUAGGAUUCUUCCUUUUAGUUUUCAAGACUGGCCUGUCUAGGCUAGCACCAGCUACCUGUGGGCUAGACUGGCAGUAGCAAAAGGACCAAAAUGUAAAGAUUGGUUUUGCUGUUGUUGUCGUAGUGAAAUGAACUCUGUCUUCCAAGUUAACCUCAGUGUGACUAAUAAUGACUUGUCUGUGUUAUGUGUCAUUACUAGGCUUGUCAAGUAUGAAGAAAUCAACACAAACUUUCUGCUCUGUUUCAUGACAGUCAUGGAUACCAUGUAAGUAAAAAGUUCAUUUGUUUGAUCAUUUGGAAUUAUUUUCAGAGAUCACUUACUGGUAAUUAUUUCUCUUGAGAUAAUAAAGAUAUCAGUCCAGACUUUUCUGUAUUCCAGUUUUGUUUGUGGAUAUGUAAACCUUUUUCCUAGUGCCACAGAUCAGGCAGUCUCUGUCAAAACCUUUUUUUUUUUAACUAAUUAGUAAUAAUUAAAAAAAGGAACAGAAAACUUAGCUGGAAAAGAAUCUCUGUGCUUACACUUAAAUAAUAGAACUAACUAGAACCUAUUUAUAAUAUAACUCUCGAUAUAAGAUAAGGAAUUCUAAUUUCUGCCCAUCGUGUUUAAACAUACAAAGUACAUAUCUUAGUAAAUUAGUAUAGAGGCUCUGGUAUUUUAUUAAGGUAAAACCUUGUAGCAUGAUUUUGCUUCUUUGCAUUACUCCUACACCUUUUUACUGGAUGGUGCAGUGUAAUUAUGCAUAUGUAUCACUUAGGAGUUGGCAUGCAAAAUCUUUUCCACGUUGCUCUGAAGAACUAGAAACCUAAGUGUACGUGUUGCACAGACAUAAAUGACUCGUUGCUAUCUGGUUCUCAAUUUCAGUGCACAGUUUGAAGACUGGAGACCCAAUCUAUCAACACUACUACAGCCCAUACCUUUCCCAAAAGAGUAAGUAUUCAUAUUGCAAUAAGUUUAAUUCUAAAAAGUUGCUUUCACUGAACAUUUAUAAAUCUUGGUAUUGAUGCUUGCGUACUUCAAUUACACGAGCACAAAUCCAAAUUUGUGUGUUGGCCUUCACAGCGUACUUACCUGAACUGCUCUCUUACAGGGCUCUCAAGAACGAGACAUUUGUAUUGUAAGUAGUCACACCCUUUUAUGUAAGAUCAGGUCCUUUACACCGUGAGGUACACACUAUGUGAUGUGUACACGCCAUGUGAUGUGUGGCUGUGAAAACACUUAAGUAAAUAUUCAACCGUCUUUAAUGAAUCAAACCGAGUUUAAAAUAACGGGAUUAUUGUCUUUCCUGCUUGAAUUAAGGGAAAAAAAAAUACUUUUCCGGUCAAAAGUAGAAGUCGCCAGUAAUGUAAUAAUUGUAGUGGAUCGCCAAGGCUUGUGAUGCUCAGAAAUUGAGGUACUUACCGUCUGAGGGAUAUGAAAAAUUUUGCUUGUGUUCUCUAUUAGUAAGGAUAUCCUUCUUAGUGUGGUAGUGAAUAAAAAACUUUUACGUAGGCAGCAGAGACUCCCGUUAACAAAGUGAUCUUGGAAAUCUUUAGAAGGAUUUAAAAGUGGUCAAGUUCUUCAGUAUCUUAUUGGCCAUCUUGAUUAUUUCCACCCACAGUAAUCAAUGUUUGCUUCCUCUGACAGGUACAUUAGUGCAGUGAUAAAAGCGUUUGCAGAAGAUCAGCGGUGUGAGGUACUCUUUCCACUUUCGUGCCAACAGUAAAUGCCCUAAAACGUUUUCUCCCUCCCCAAAGCCCUCUCCUCUUGUACGCCCCUGACCCCGGCUAGAACUGCUUGUUUGUGAUAAAGCCUUUUCCUAUAGGGGUUUUAAUAACUUUCUCCAUAAGCGACUGCUGAUGGGGUUAACCUUAAGACAAGAGUCUGCUCAGAGACUAAGCAGACGGCGGUAAGGGGUUUUGAAAAUAUCGGUAGACUACUAGUAACCAGCUUUCAUCGCAAGUCACUGUGCCAGAGAAAAAAAUUUUACAAUCCGUAGAGGAAUACACAUUUCAACAUUUCCGUUAUGUUUCAUUUCAUUGAAUUGCGUUGUUUUUCUGUAGGUCCAUCAGUCCAUUCUUCCUGUCAGGAAAGGUAAAGAUGGCUGGAUCGACAUCAUCUGCCCAGGAGGAGUUUCUUGUUUUGAUGAAGGACAUUUUUUCUCCCACGUGGUGAGUUCCUUUGUAGUUUUUUUUCUAUCAAAACUUAACUUUUUGACCCCCAAGAAUGACUAGCAUCUAAUCUUUCUUACAAUGUCACUCCUGAGUCAAAAACUUACGGUCCCCGUGAGCAGUAGCUUGUCAUUCGCGUGUGUCGGUCGCGCGUGUCGGUCUGCAUCACUCUCACUCGGGCGUCUGCCACACUGGUUAAACUUUCAUCGAGUUACACCUUGCUUGUUCCUUUCAGAUGGGUCGCUUACUAAAUUGUUGUGGGAGGAGAAAAAAGAUUCUUUUGGAUCUCAAGGAGUCCAUGCUCGGCCCCUUUAUGCUGCUUGCGUUACGAGGCGACAGCAGUUUUAUUCAGGUAAGUGGAGCACUGUUAUUGAAGCAGAUUAUAAUCGUUGAUGUUAUUUGCACUGUGCAUAGAAAAUCACCCGUUAACAAUUGAACAAUCGUCUCUGGGCCCUGAAAUUCUGAGAGAAAUACAUGUACAUGUAUAUGUACAUACCAAUCUCAGUUAUUAUUAUUAUCAUUUUGGUUAAAUAAAUUAUCGUAUCUUGUCAAGGGUUAAUUCAGUUCUGUUUCUGUUUUUGACAGACUUUGGCAUUCAUGUUAGAAGUUGAGGUUCUGCAAGACGAAAAUGAAAAAUUACAGAUCAUUUCUACAUUAGAAAGCACCGAAGAAGGCAAACUGUGUUAUGAAGCUCUGUGUCAGAAGUAAGUUGUUAUUCAACUUAAGUUAACCCAGCGGUCAAUCGUUGGGCAUGCGCAAAUUGAUCAAUUUUGGUCAGCCGUGCGUGAAUUUUCCGCGUAAAAUUUUUAAGGAAAACGCACGAUGAAACUGCUGCAUGGAAAAUUUACGACAAUAAAUUGAAAUGUUCUUUAAAAGAAAAAUGUAAAAGGAAAUAAAAGAAUGGUGAAGGAGGACUAAAUUUUGCGAACACAAAGUUUAUUUAAUUACGGGGGUUUUUUUGGGUUACCAUUUUGUUUUGAGCUUUCUCAAUAUGUUUUACGCGAUUGAAACUUCGUAACCGUUUAGUUUUUGAGGUAGUUUAGCCUGAAAACAUUAUGUAGGGCUGCCUCGAUGCAACGUUCACACAUGCACGGACGUUGGCCGCUGGCCAUGGUGUUGUGCCAAUGAGUUCUUUGAUCCGUACUUAUCGUCUUGUUCUUUGUUUUUCAGAAAAGCCAAGUUCAGACAGAUGGUAGGAAAAAUAUUUGUUUUCUUUGAAAGUGCUUUAAAUGUGUUCUUUCCUGUUUAAUUGUCAGUUAAGCUCUAGGAACAUUUAAUGUCUCCUAAUUUUUUCUAUCUCUUCAGCAGGAAAAGGGGGGACCAACAGUACUUACCCUUCCUACAAAAUCGACGGUAGGUGUUUUUUGCACUGUUAAAUACAUUGACAACAUCAGCAGGAGCAACCAAAACUACAGCAAACGGAAGGCGUAAAACAAGCUCCUGUUUAUUAGUUAAGGUCUAAAGACGUCGGUCCAAUAUGUGAAGUCUUGGCAGACCAUCGAAUAAGCUCUCGUCUAUUUGUCAGUGGAAAAAAUGCGCUGACGUAACAAAUAACUUGUCUUCCACAGGAUGACGACUUGGCCCGUCUUCUCAAGUCUGGUUCUUUUGGUAACCUUCAGAGCCUAAACCUUGCCUUCACACAUGUAACCAGCGCUUGUGCUGAAUACUUGGUUCAACUGCCAGCCCUGCUACAUUUAAACCUUUGGUCCACACAGGUUUGUUGAUCAUUCCUUUUCUUUCUGUUGCUAGUAAGGUCUUGGAGAUGAAAGACUAUGUCUUGCGGUUCCCUUAAUUACCCCAAGGGAAGCUUAACCAUCCCCCGUUACAACUUUUGUGGGUAGCCUACCCUCCCCUGCCUUGAUUCAGACAUGGAAACAGAAGCGGUAAAAAGGCGUCUUCAAGGUCUGAAAGGUACGGUCGCCCUACUUAGACAGUCAUCAGAGGGCAGGCCCAGGCACUAGCGUUAGGAUACACGUGUGUCAGAACUUGCAUGGGACGUAGAGGAAGUCGAGUUUUAAUCUUUUGCCGGGAUACUCUCCCAACGAUGCUGUAGCAUUAAAGGUUAUAAAAUCCCUGAAGCCCAGUCUCACGCAAAUGAUAAUCUAAAAUACUAAACCGGGUUUUCUAGUUUGGUGAUAAAGGCUUGCACAUGGUGGCAGAGCAGCUGCACAACUUAGAGUCACUGAACCUGUGUGAGACGCCCGUGACGGAUGACGGACUGUCAUCCCUCGUGAUCAUGUCCAGUCUUCGAAAUCUGAACCUGAACAGCACCAGACUUUCGCCGACAACAUACGAAAAACUUAAGGUAAGUGGCGUAAUCGAGUCGAGUUAAAUUUGUUUCAGAGUUGGAAAUGUUUUCUAGCGAUUGCCUGCGAAGUAAAAUACUGAAAUAUGAACACAUGGGAAGUAUUUCCAGCGGUUGAAUAUAACUGGGGUAGAUUAUUUCUAACUUUUCAGAAUGAACAGUGGCUUCUCUCCUUCGGGGUAGCUUUGCUAUCCAUCUUUUUUUUUUACUUAUUCCUUAGCAUCGGUUGUGGUCCUACUUCAUUCCUUUAAAUUUUACUGUCCUUUAUGUUUGAGUUCAAUGAGUUUUUGCAAUGGUUCUGAAAUUAAGAAAAAUAAAAUAGACCCACAACAUAUUUUUGGGACGGUUUUCAAUUCAUUGUCAAUUUUAUGUGAUCAUUCCUUGUUCAGUGCCAGGAGGGAGCGUGGCUAAAUUGUCAGUGUGUUGGACUCGCAAACAGAAUUAUGGUGUUUCCCAGUUUGAUCCCGCCCCAGUCAGUGGUUAAAUGUGUCUCUCUGCACCCCCUACCUUUCUUGUACUUCUCGGAAUUUUGUUCAAUUGCCAUCAAAUGCAUACCCACUGAGUUGUAAUUGCGUUUUAAAUGUUUGUUGCAGAAAUUGCCAAGACUGGAAGAGAUCGAUGUUCGGUACACGGAUGUUUGACUUUUGGUGUACCUGUCUGCACACAAGCAGUAGAUGCAUCCGUGACCUUGUCAAGUUGAAUGAGUUUUACUCUCCUCACCCCAGUUUCCAAGGGCCUGUGAGGCUGUCUUAACAGCUCAACCGUGAUUAUCUGUGGAGGACUGCACACAAGUACUUUCUUAAUAGAUCACCGAUCAUGUAACAUAGUUACCGUAUUUAGCUUUGAAACUUUAGAGUAGCUCCGAACUUGAUAUUUUUUAAUCACAUUCAGGACUUGAGUAGAUUUACUCUUUAAUUAGUUGUUCGCAUAUCGGCUACAGAAAAUUGAUAAUUUCAGAAGCAAGAUGUACAAAGAUCAAUCUGUUUGUGAUGUUUGUGAUGUUAUGGUACUCUGUAGCUGUAAAUUGCCGUUUGUCAUAGGGGAAAGUGAUAUGUUGCCACCAAAACUUUUAAUUUCGUUUGCAAUGCUUGUUAAUCAUCUCCAUUCCAAACCAUCUAUGUUCCCUUUCAUUUGGUCUUUCCAUUUUGUAAUGUUUUGUUUUGUUUUUAUACUAAACUAAAACUUUGCGUCCUUGUUCAAGAGAUAAGUUACCAGCGACUGAAAAAGUCAAGACUUUGUAUCUUAAAUUGGAAAAAUACACUAUGAGUUGGUCUAAGCUUGCAAAAAAAAAACUACCUGAUUCAAAAUCUGCUCCUCUUGAAUCGUUGCUUUUUUGUAGUUGUUACUCUUAUUUUAACUUAUUUUCGGUUUUCGGUAGAACCUUGAUUUCUCCUUGUAAAGGGAGUUUGAAAUUCGCAUAAUUUGGAAAGACACAGCUGUAUUGAAACGAGUUGAUUAUCUUUCAUGACUUCUCCGAUUUGUGUGGGAGGAGUUGAGGGGGGGGGGGUUAGGCAACAAACUAGGCGCUAAUUUCGGUUUGUCUCUCGAGUCCUGGUCUUUAAUGUAAAUUCUGCGCCCGCGAUAAUGCCACCGUGGCGUUAAAUGUGGAAUUACUGUGGUAAGUUCCGUGGCUCAAAUUUAAAAGUAGUGUUAUAGCACGUAAAUUAUUAUUGCUUAAUUUAAAUUAUAUAGAGCUCGCUUAGUGGGACUAAAUUGGAAUAACGGAGACAUCUAAAGAAGUGUACAUUUAUUAAGUUAACUAGACGUUUAACGACUUAUUUCUUGAGGGGUAAUGUAUGGUUCUGUUGCAGAUAUGUUCUUUUUUUCUUAUGGGCUAGGUAAUUUAACUUAAAUUAAGCGCUCUGGUGGUUUUAAUUUAAUUUUUAAAUCACUCUUUGCUUCUAAAGGCUUUUAUUAAUGUAAAGGAGGCAAACUAACAGUAGCCUAUUGAGUAUUAUUGGGGUAGAUAUAAACCGAUGAAGAGCCUUCUGGAUUUUAGCCGCAGUAGUACAGAUGUAGAGGUUACGAAACGUAUUACACUCACAACCAAGACUCAAGAAUAAUCUUGGAUGCUGUCUGCCUACUUUAGAUGACACAUCUCGCGAGGUGUGAGCUUUCUUAAAUAUGAAAUAAGUUUUCUGGUUAUUUUGUGAUUAGAGAAAGUUACACAGUUAUUUGUUCUUCUAGGUAGUCUUCCUUCCAAAGAUAUCGUUUUGAAUACGCUAUAGAAUUUCUUUCUACACAGUAAGGUAAAAGAGCCAGGGGGUUGACGGGUUGCAGAAUAACCUUGUCAACAGCAAACAUCUAGAACAGCGGUGAUAUUCAUUUCUUUCUAUGAAAGCCUUGUGUAAAAUACAGAUAACAGUGUAAUUCUUUAGAGAUUAGUGGGUUAAUCUUCCACUUUCUGUGGUUUGUGUUUAUUUAUGAAGUGAGAGUACCAGCGAAAAAAGCCAUAUUCCUUGGUUUUCCUAGAUCAUCUUCACAAAUGAUGAGAACAAAUGUGACGUUCUUUUCCUCGUGAAAUUUCGCUUUUAAGGUGCACGGUUCGUUAUGGCAGUAGAGACUUCUGAGGUCUUGCUGCCAUUGUUUUGAGAAGUUUGGUUGUAAGAUAGGCGCAAGUCCACUUAAGUUUUGGUAAAAUUAAAGCAUAUUGUGAUAUAUUUAGGCGGUAGGGUAAUAAUUUCGUUUCCCGAAGCCUCGAAACUCUGGUUUAGCCAGCUUUUCUCGCUUUGGCAGGAAUUUCUCAUGGUCACCGUUUGACCGCUGUCUUAGUCGUACUGUAGUUAAAAUUGAUAAUUUAAAAAUCUUUUUGCAAUUAGCCAAUCAGAAGCUACCAACUUGUGUGGGUCCUUAGACAUAAGACAAUUAACAUUACGAAACACUCACGAUGCUCUUCUAAACUCCUCAAGAGACCGAGAAACCUCCAUAACUGAUAAAACGACAACCUUUUCAGUUUUCAGAAGCCACUACAAUAUUUAAUCAAUAGGAAUGAAUUGAGCCCAAUUAGCUAAGCUCAGUUUGUUAAAAAAAAAACUAUAUAUCGUUUUGUUCCAAGAGUUGUGCGAACUUAUAUAAUAAAUAUCAUAAAGAGUACUUUCGUUA